UGUUUAAAAAUUCCUCCCCUUCUUUCUUUCUUCUACAAGACGUUAGAAGAAGGAAGUGAGGAAGGGAGAGCAGUUACACUAGCUCUAUACAUUUUUAAACUUGCUGCUCAAACCUCCCUUUCUUUCCUAUUCUGCACUCCAACGCUCUUUAUCCUUUUUGGUCCGCCUUGAAUUUUUCACAGAAAGGGGUAGGGGUUCGUGCUAGCGGUUUCUAACUUUUUUCUUUACUGUCACUUUGUCUCCCUGUUAAUGGUAGGGUUGUGCGCUCUUCUCUCGGACCAGACCCUUUUUUCUCCCUUAUCUUUGCUUUCCAGUUUAGUUUGUUUGUCUUCCCGACCUGUCAUUAUCUCAGGUGGUCUGUCAUUAUCAAGGGAGGCCAGGGGGAAAUUGGUGGAUGGUGCAACCCCUUCCCAGCAUACCAAUCGACAUUUGACGGAAAUAUCAUAUAAGAUAUGAGAUCAGAGUUUUCCUUCAAUCUUAAUAGAAGAGAUGCUGAAGUUCUUGUGUUCUAUUUUCAGUAGAGCAUUUUCCCUGGGGUAAUUUGGGGAGAAACAAACAGUUUCUUCUGAUCUUGCCCUUUGUUAGAUUGGUUGGGUGCUUACAUGUAAGAACUCCACUCCCGCGAAAGGGUAUUGCAGUAAUUUGAUUCCUAUCAUUUGAGAUUUUGUACUUUUUGGACUCAUCAAGUUCCAUGGCUCUUGAAGGGUACACAUAUUCCAAGUACUGUUGUUUUACUGUUUGCAGAUUAUGUCUUCUAAUAUUAAGAAGAUCUAGGCCGUGGUCAAUAUUUGUGUAGCUUCUAUGGUUUACUUCUUCAGGCUUUCAGCUAUCUUUUCUCAGAGUUAACAGUGCAGUUAACCAAGGAUUCUGGCUACCUGGAUUUAGGAGUGGCAUUUUGUUUCAACUCUUCCCGUUGAUGACAUAGUCAAAUGAUUGUAUGCCCUUGGUUGGAAAGGUUUAUAAGUCUUUAGUGGCUUUCCAGCCUUGGGUGAUUCUUGUUGCUGACAGUUAAGCAAUAACCAGUUGCCGACUUAUUCAUCUGGUUGUUCUCUAAUUACUAAUUAGUAAUUUCCUACCAUGUCUUCCAGUUCUAGUCCAGUGCGCCUUCAAGCACCAGCUCCAGUGCUUGACAGAGUUCCUAGCGGGGUAUCUAGUAUGUACAGAAGAGAAAUGGGCCUCCGUCGACUUUUUGUGCAGACAGAUAUUGGUAAUGUCUUGGGUAUAGAGGUGGACAGGGACGACAAGGUUCAGACAAUAAAAAAGAAGCUCCAGGUAGCACUGUGUCUGCCAACAGAGCAGAGUGCCCUUACAUUUGGAGAUGUGGUGCUAGAACAUGAUUUCAAUGAAGUACGAAAUGAUUCUCCUAUUUUGCUCAUAAGAGGACUGUACAGAACCUCAUCAACGCCUUGUAUUUCACCUGUUGUAGGCAAGAUAAAUUCGAAGGGCCGUAACAAACCUCUGGAGAUUAUAGGUGGAUCUCAUGGAUGCCCUAAAGUCAGGCAAUUGGUUAGACAAUGUGUGAAAGCUUUGGAUAAUGGGGUUGAACCAAUUCCUGCUGAUGGUGGUUUAGGAGGAGCAUAUUUCAUUCAAAAUUCUGCAGGGAAAAAGAUUGCUAUAGUUAAACCUACAGAUGAAGAGCCAUUCGCUCCCAAUAAUCCAAAUGGUUUUGUGGGGAAGACACUAGGACAGCCAGGUCUUAAGAGGUCCAUAAGAAUUGGAGAGACUGGCAUUAGAGAGGUGGCUGCAUAUUUACUGGAUCAUGACCACUUUGCAAAAGUACCACCUACAGCUCUCGUUAAAGCUACUCAUUCAAAUUUCAAUGUGAACACUACUGUAUUGCCUUGUAACUCAGAGCCCUUUGUAAAGAUUGGAUCCCUUCAGAGAUUUGUACCACAUGAAUAUGAUGCAAGCGAACAUGGUACAUCUCAGUUUCCCGUAGGAGCUGUACAUAGAAUAGGUAUUCUUGAUGUGAGAAUUUUGAACACUGACAGACAUGCAGGCAAUAUUCUUGUAAAAAGGUUAGCAGAAGAAAAAUGUAAUAAUUGGACAUUGUUUGAUUUGCGUGUAUAUGAUGCACUGGAGUUGAUACCGAUUGACCAUGGACUUUGUUUACCAGAAGCAAUCGAUGAUCCUUAUUUCGAGUGGCUUCAUUGGCCGCAGGCUUCCUUGCCCUUCUCAGAGGAAGAGUUGGAGUAUAUCAAAAACCUGAAUGCAGCAAGUGAUGCUGAGUUGCUACGUAAAGAAUUACCUAUGCUGAGGGAAUCUUGCUUGAGGGUCCUAAUGAUAACUACUGCCUUUUUGCAAAAAGCAGCUGUAGCUGGUUUAUCACUUGCAGAAAUUGGAAGCAUGAUGACCAGAGAAAUUGGUACAAUGGAUCAUGAACUAAGCGAGCUUGAAAAUAUUUGCAUUCUAGCCAAGUUGGAUGCAGAUCAUGAACUCUCACUAGUUCGAUCAUCUCGCUCUCUGGUUAAAAGUAUUGCAGAUGAACUGUCUCUUCAAUUACAUAUGGAUCAAGAAGACCACCAGAUUGGAUUGUCAUCCAUGUCAAAAAGAGAAUGCUCUAGUCUCCCUCAGUCUUCCAUUACUCUGCAGCACGAAACUUCUAAAACCUCUUCUGUUUUGUUCAAGCCAAGUGAAUCUACUCAAAGUUUCUUUUGCUUCAAUCCUAUCAAAGGAUCUAGUGCAAUCUCAGAUGUUUUAGAAGAGGCAACUCUUGAUCUUGAUGAAGAAUCAGCAGCAACGGUCCCUAAAAAUCAAGGAGCUUCUGUUGUUGACCCUAAAACAGUAAGAAAAAAAUGUGGUAAAAGAAAUAUUGGGAGCAACAGCAGCAGUAGUAAAAGGGGGAUACAUGGUAUUGCUGAAGCACGAAGUGAGCCUAGCACGAGGGCAGUAAGCUCCCAAAAAAAAGCUCAGACAACUCAAGAUCGCAGUGGAGAAAAUCUGGUUGGUUUAAAUUUGAAUGAAAUGGCUGAAGAGGAGUGGAGCAUAUUUAUGGAGUGCUUUCAACGGCUACUGCCUGAGGCUUUUGCAAACCGGAAAGCAAGGAAUCUCUGCCUGAUGUCGAGACUAGGAACUUCUUGUCAGUUUUGAUAAUUUUUGAAUAUGCAUAAUGUACAACUACAAUCUAUCAUGGGUGGAUAGAUACUAUUGCUGAUGCAAGUUAACAGUGUUUGGAUGUCCUACUGGUUAAGAUCAGUGAAUACAAAGGUUCACACGGCAUGAUUGCAACGGAAGAACCUUGCCUACUUUCAUCCUGUUCAGUACAGUAAACCUUUCCUUUUUUGUGGGCAGAGAUGCUAUUUCCUGUGAAGAAAUUUGGAAAGGUGGAUGGUGAUUUUUUGAUUUGAUUUGACUUGAUGUCAAUCAACCAAGACCAUGCUUGUGUAUACAUACAUAUAUAUGUAUAGAGAGAGAGAGAAUUCAGUCUUUACAUCCUGUGCUAUUUUGGUUAAUUGUCAUAGAAUAAAAUGCAUAGGUGUGGCAUACUUUCUUUAAUGCCAAGCUCAAUCUCAAUCAUAGUUUAAUUCCAAACAAUAAACAACCACGAUCGUGUUUGCACUAAUAUGAAAAGAUAUUUCUCACAGAACCGAUGACAUCACUGAUUUGCCUAUACGGAGAAGAAUCUAACUUUGUUUCUUGA